ACCGAGCUCUCGCGCGCAGCCGGUCGGUCUCUCUGUCGCUGUGCACUGUCCACGCGGCGGCGAGAGGAAACGGCAGGUGUCAGACUCGGUUCUGAUAAGCCUUUUGCACAGCUUCCUCCUUGAACACAGCAAACCGAUCCGCUCGGAUGAUAUAGAGAGACAAGACGCUGCCAAAAUCGCUUCAUUUUCCGGAGGGAUUUGUUUAGCAAUUUUUUUGGUGGUGUGAACUCUACCCCCCUCCCUUGUUCCUGACCCUGACCUUGUGACCCCAGGCUGCCAGGACACCGUGAUUGAGGAGGCCACCAUGAGUCAGGAGGGGCAGCAUGACCCCCUCCGCACAGACACCCCCCCUCCAGAUACACCCCAGGCACCUGAGGGAGAGGAGGAGGCUGAUGGCUCUACAGUGAGAGAUUUGGAGCCCUGUAAUGGGACAAAGACAGAGGAGGAGCAGCAAGGUGAAGCAGAAGACGGAGAUACAGAGAAUAACAGAAACACACAGGAGGAUGAGAAGGUGACAUUAGAAGAGGAAGGUAGAAACGGUGAGAUUGAGGGCAGCUGCUUGGAUCCUGUAACAGAAAACGGUAAUAGGGACAUCCGUGAAGGUGAAGACACACAGUUGUUGCUGCCUCAGAGCACAGAAAAGGAGUCAACCAAGCCCCUGUGCUCUCUAAGGUUUGAGAACGGGACUGAAGAUGACAGUGAAGGGCAGGAGGAUGAGGAGGGAGUCCUAGAAGAGCCUUCAGCACAGGGGAACCUAGACGCCUUCAGCUCCACAUUUGAGCUCUCCGUAGAAGAAGCAGAUGCUGAGGUAGAGGACGGGGAAGAGAGGGAGAACGGCGGAGAGGAAAGGGUGACCCUAAAUCAGGACAGUUUCAGCUCUACAUUUGAGAGCAUUGUUGAGCAGGUCGCCAAGACCACGGGUGUGGACGAGGAAGAGGACGACGGAGAGGAAGAGUACGACAGAACGAAAGAGAGCCAGGACGGCUUCAGCUCCACGUUUGAACGCAUCGUCGAGUCUGAGCUUCUGAGAGGCGGGACUUGUUACAGCAGUCUGGAUUCACUGGACGUGUUGUCGCUCACCGAUGAGACGGACAGCUGCGUCAGCUUCGAGGCGCCGCUCACUCCUCUCAUCCAGCAGAGGGCCCUAAUUGGCCCUGAACCUCCAGAGCUGGAGCUGGAGACCGUGCAGGAAGGGGCUGAGGGCGAGGCCGAGCUGGGGACAGAGGCGGCAAGGGAUGAAGCCAGCUCUGCAAGUCCACUGCGGACCACUAUUCCGGGAAGCAGGUCGGAAAAUGUCUUGAGCCAGCCGGCACAGUGGAGCAUCCCUAAUGGAUUCCACAUUGAGCUGCCUGGGAAUGGAGAGAGUGGAGGAACGAUGCCAAACUCAUUCAGUGAUGCCAACCUCACAGAUGUGCUGUGCGACUCGGACUCUGAGUUGGGCAGUGUGGACACGCUGGAGAGGGGCAGCACGGAUACUCUCGCCAAUGGCUGCCGCGUCGACACAGAUGCUGCCAAACGACUGGCUAAGCGACUCUUCUAUCUGGAGGGCUUCAAGCGCUGUGAUGUGGCACGACACCUGGGCAAGAAUAAUGAUUUCAGCCAGUUGGUUGCAUCGGAGUACCUGAGUUUCUUUGAUUUCACAGGGUUGUCAUUAGACAGAGCACUAAGGAACUUCCUGAAGGCGUUUCCUCUGAUGGGAGAGACGCAGGAGAGAGAACGUGUGCUGGUGCAUUUCUCCAAACGCUUCUGUCACUGUAACCCAGAAGCUCUCACCUCAGAGGAUGGCGCUCACACACUGACCUGUGCACUUAUGCUUCUUAACACAGACCUGCAUGGACAUAAUAUUGGGAAGAAGAUGUCUUGCCAGCAGUUCAUUAGCAAUCUGGACGGCCUCAACGACGGCAAAGAUUUUCCCAAAGAAUCGCUCAAGGUGCUCUAUAACUCAAUAAAGAACGAGAAGCUGGAGUGGGCGAUUGAGGAAGAGGAGUUGAGGAAGAGUCUGUCGGAGCUGGUGGAGGAUCAGUGUGAGGUGGGAGGGAAGAGGGUUGUCAGGGUAACGGACGGCAGUAACCCUUUCAUCGCCAUUCCACUUUUACUCAAUGCUGUGACGUACAAACACGGCAUUCUGACACGCAAAAGCCACGCAGAGAUGGACGGCAAACGCACCCCAAGAGGACGAAGAGGCUGGAAGAAGUUUUAUGCCGUGCUGAAGGGGAUGAUUCUCUACCUGCAGAAAGAUGAGUAUAAGCCUGAUAAGGAUCUGUCAGAGGUGGACCUGAAGAAUGCAGUACGGGUUCACCAUGCUCUUGCUACUAGGGCCUGUGACUACAGCAAAAGACAGAAUGUCCUAAAGCUCAAGACUUCGGACUGGAGAGUCUUCCUCCUGCAGGCUCCGAGUGAAGAGGAGAUGAUGUCAUGGAUUUUCAGGAUUAAUCUGGUCACUGCUCUUUUCUCGGCUCCUGCUUUUCCCGCCGCCAUCGGCUCCAUGAAGAAAUUCUGCAGACCACUGCUGCCUUCAUCCACAACGAGACUUAACCAGGAGGAGCAACUGAAGUCCCAUGAGAACAAACUGAAGCAGAUUUCUCUGGAGUUGGAGGAACACAAGAGGAGCCCACCAGAUCUGACACCCAAGAGCAAAGAAUCAGAAGAGUAUCGAAUCAAAGAGCACUAUUUAACUUAUGAGAAAUGUCGCUAUGAGACGUACGUCAGCCUCCUGCAGGCCAAGUUUCGUGCAGGAAGUGAUGAUUUGGAUAAGAUUGAAGCCAGUCUGUUCAGCGGGGAGGCGAAAGAAGGUUACCUGCGGAAAACUCAGUCUAGCCCGUCAAUCAGCCAAGGUCAGGGGGUCAACGGACGGGCAGGUCAUAAACACGCCCCAGAGCACAAUAGCUGAAGAGCCUUCUUUGACCUCUGAACUCAUGCGACACACUCACGUCUGAGCCUGACUGCAGUGGGUUUGAAUACGUGAGACAGAGUUGAGAGAAAUACAAACGUAGCAUUAUAAUUAAUAUUUCAAUGUACAGUAAAUUUAUUAUGACCAUUAUAUGUAUUAUUAGUAUUAUUACUACAACAAUAAACAUUGUUAAUAAUGCUAUGAACGUUAUGUGCCAAAAACGAAAAAUGAGGAGACCAAGACUGUAUAAGUGGGAAGAAAUGACAACACUGCAUAUAAAGUGAAGUGAAAGAGAACUGCGUCUUCACAAAUGUGUUGCAGAGGAUGCACUGUGACAUGCAGUCACGUAGUGAUGUCAUUUAGAAUUUACAGUGACACACAAAGAGAUUCAUUCAGAUUCAAUUAAAGGGACAGUUCAGCCAAAAAUGAAAAAUCUGACAUCGUUCCAAAUCUGUACGAUUUUCUUCUGAGGAACAUAGAAGAUUUUGAAGAACAACAUCACACCCCAUUUACUUCCUUUGUAGGAAAAAAAAAAAUUUCUCAAAAUAUCUUUUAUCAUACAGGUUUUGAAUGACUUGAAGACAAGAUUUAAAUUUUUUGGGUGAACUUGAACUUCGCUUUUAGAAGUGUUAUGAAGGCAAAAAGCAUUACAUCACACUGACAUCACAAAGCAACAAUAUGAUGCUUUGGGAUACUAGGUAAAAUGUGUGUUGUUUAUUUCAAUGUUAAAGUCAGUUUAAUAUGCGGCGACGACAAAGUAUUUUGUCAAAGUAUGAUUCUUACAUGCAUUGUUCAGCAUAAUAAUCUUCACAAAUGGACAAACUUUUUAGAAUUUUGAAACCUAAAUAUAGUCACUAAAAGUAAAAAUCUAAACAUAGUCUAUGAACAAAUUACACCACGGUCACUUGACUUCAACUUCUCCACCAUUAACCUUCCAACAACAACAAAAAACAUUUUACCUGAAAGUCUGAAUUAGGAUAGUUUGCUAGAGUGCAAUAAUAAACACAACAAGGCUGUUAAAGUGAGUAGAUAAGCUUUCCUCUUUAUCAUGAUAAUGUUUAAAGGCAUUGUUCACCCAAAAAUGAAAAUUACGUAAUUAAUUACCCUGUUGUCGUUCCAAAACCAUAAGACCUUCGUUCAUCUUCAGAACACAAAUAAGGAUAUUUUUAAUGAAACCCGAUAGCUUUCUGACCCUGCAUAGACAGCAAUGUAACUACUGUACCAAGUUUAAGGCCCAAAAAGGUAGUAAAGACAUUGUUAAAAUAGUCCAUGUUACACCAGUGGUUCAACCACAAUGUUAUGAAGCUACAAGAAUACCUUUUGUACACAAAGACACAAAAAUACCAUUACCAACCAUUUCAGUUCCUCCGUGUCAGUCUUAGAUGCACAUUCAUAAGAAAACCACGACACAUGCGUGUGUUGAUUUGUUGAAUAAAGUCAUUGGGUCUCAUUCACUAAAUAUGCGUAGGCACAGAUUUUUGCAUGAAAUUUGCGUACGGACGUUUUCACGAAUAAAUCAUGAUUCAUCAAAAACUUUCGUACUAAAAUUUAUUCUAAAUGUACGAAAAGAUUCAAGAACAACUUAUACCACACGUACGCAAUAAUCAUGUACAAGGGUAAGAGGCCUUUAAUAUGUUAAUAUGAAUAUGUUAAGAACCCUGUAUAAUUAGAUGUCAUUGAUACAUUAUAAUUACAGUUCCAAUUUAUAUAUAUAUAUAUAUAUAUAUUAGAGGUCCAAACAACAAUCACCUGAUCUAUCAUUAUAAAAGGGGUGAUUAAUGUGUCUCAUCUUGUGUUUAGAGGCAUGGCACACUUGGUACUGCUUGAAGACAUCGCGGCGCGUGCUCUAAGGAGAGAGCGCGUCUUUAGAGAGCGCACAGAUAUGUUCGCGGAGAGUGACGAAUGGCUGUUCAGUCGCUUUAGGUUGCCCAGAGAAGUCCUCAUUAAUUUAUGCAACUCACUGGAAUCACACCUAAACCACAUCACCGACCGCUCUCACCCUGUACCACCUUAUCUCCAAACCUGUGUAAUUCUUUUUUUUACCUGUGCCCGUUAUGCCAGUGGAUUCACUUUUAAAUAACACAUUUUUCCUGGCUUCCAUAUCCGACAGCAAAACCUCACGUUCAUUAUCUUUAAAGUUAUUUUUCUUUUCUUUUGUUUCGAUGCCAUAAUUGUCUUUCUCUGUACAAGUGCCUCGUUGUGGAAAGCCCUUAUAUGGAGCUGGUUUGGGCGUGAAUUAUGCUAAUUACUGACCUUGUGCACGCGGGCACUCAUUUAGAAGACUCCAAAUUCACUAACAGAAGAAAGAGUUUAAGAACAAGCUCAUGCGCGUACGCACGUGUUGUGAAUUAGACGGAAAGUUCUCGUGAGAAGUUCAAAUGUGCGUAUAAAUAAGAAAAUUGUACGCAAUUAUUAGUGAAUGAGACCCAUUAUCUUUUGUCACAUUUGCAAUUCUGUCAUGGCACAGAAAUUACACAUUUCACCUUUAAAUAAAUCAUGACAUCACUUUUCAGUGUUUGACAUUCUUUACGACAUCACGACGUGUGUCUGUCCCACGGCUGUGUGUGGUAAUGGCUUCCUGAUUGACAGGUCUGGUUUAGAUGUAGCAUUUGAUGUAAUCUUGAGGCGCUCACAGUUUCGGCCUCAUGAAGCAGCCAGUUUAAGGGCCUAGCCGCACGUUGGGGUGCAUGUAAAGAUGUAAAGAUUCAUGUGGGCUGUCUGUAGUGUUAUACAACUACCCCCUUGUAAUUAUUUAUUAUGUAAUAUUUAUUAAUUGUACUUUUUUUCUCCUUUUGGAGCCAAUAUUAGCGGGAAGAAGCUUGUAAAGAUGACUAUGUUUGACACUCAAUUAGUUUAACCCGCAACAUUGUUUUUUAACUCUCUUAACUGAAGAGCUGAUGGCUGAUUAAUGGAUCCAGGGAUAUGUUGGAUGUUGGAAAAUACAGUGUCUUAACACGGGACAGGGUAUGGGACAUUGUAAUUGUAUGCGCACAAGCAAGGAAGGAAGACUGCAAGUUGAGUCUGGGUAUGCAAAACAGUGACAAACAUUUCAGACUGAAAGUGACGCCCUCAUUUUCUCUAUUCAGUGGACCACAAAGCCGCUAUGUGUUUCUAUGUGCCUGCAGAAAAUUCAACCUGGACUGAAUAUUGAGCAGCAGGACUGCAAACAACACACCACGAACCUCCCUGCCUCUUCAUCUGAAUCACUGUAGCGAAUCGAAAUGUCUCAAUCCUGGAAACGUGUCACUUUUGAGGAAGAGAAUUGUUCUUGAGCCACCAAAUAGGACUCUGAAACUUAACGGUACAAACUUUGAGCAAGUGCAAGUAGAUUUUUAUAGUCCUGUUUUAAAGCAUGAGGACACUGAAAGUGAGAGAAUGAGCUUUUGGCUCUUUUAUGCUUUAUGGAUGUGGAAUGAUGUAAGAGCUGCAAUUUUAUACAUUCUUAGUAAUGGCUUUCUUAAAGGGACCUCUAUAGCCUACUUUUCGCUUUGGCUGUUGUGCUAACAUGAUUUUCCCGUUUAGGGUAGAACUCAGACGCUGUUGUAAUAAAAGAUUGUGAUGAUUAUUUCACCAUCUCUGCCUGUA